AUGUGCACUGGACUCUUCGUCUUUUUUAUUAUGGCGGCUGUCUUGCACAGUUGGCACGAGGUGAAUGCCAAAAAGCCAUCAUAUAAUGCAACUGAGGCUUUUUAUACCAAAGGCACGUACUAUAUGAAGUAUCGCAACUACAUGGAUGAUUGGGCGUUUCGAAGCUACAAUUGUGUGUCAAGGUGGGGAGGACUUGACAAGCGCCCAGGUGAUCCCAUCACAAUCCGAUACGAGACUAAAGGUUACGAUGGAGACCCAUACGGCCACCAGUACGAGAUGAUAGUACUGUUCGACAAAACACGCAGUGAUAUGUUUUACUAUGACGCUUGGAGACAUCACAAAAAACAAAAUAGGAAACUUAUUUACUUGAACGCCACGGAGAAGUGCCAAGUUAUAAAAACCUUCUAUAAUAAAACCAGCCAAGGCUGCACGCUGUGGAUGGAUUAUUAUACAGUAGACGAGAAUCCUCCAACUCGGUGCGAAAAUGUCUACAAUAAGUGCGUGGGCUUUGAAUCAACGAAGAUAAAGUACCACGACAAAUGUAAAUACAAACAACCACGCAGACAAUAA